AUGACUGUAACAGCGACCUUGAAGUCAGUCGAUCUGCCUGCUAUUGAAAAGCGAAUUCCAGAGCUGGCGGAAAUGAUGGACUUUAUUGGAACAAUCGGCAGUGGAACCUUCGCUACCGUCUAUCUCUGUAAAUUCAAGGAAAAAAGCAAAUCCCCGGAAAACCUCUUGGCGGUAAAAGUGAUGCUCCCAAUUGUCAACCCAAAACGAAUCGAAACUGAAACGGGCAUCAUGUACAAAGCUGAUGGGAAGCAUAGCGUGAUGCCAUUGCUCUAUGACAUGGGAGAUCCAAAAACAGGAACUUCUGCGCUGGUGAUGCCGUAUUUUGAGCAUACCGACUUUUCGCAUUAUUUCGACAAGCUGACUCUGUUCGAGAUAAAGUGCUACAUCUACGGCCUCUUAGACGCGCUAGCUCACCUCAAUCGCCUUGGAAUCGUCCACCGAGAUGUCAAGCCGGCUAACUAUCUUUUCCAGCAAUCGACUCUUAGAGGCCAACUAGCUGAUUUUGGCCUUUCUGAAUUUGUCAACAAGAAAGAAGUCCUCAGUGAAACGAAGAUGAAUUUUGAUGACAAAUGCUACGAACACGACUGUUUAAAUCAAAAGGAUAGUAUUUGCAACUUUUGCAUCGGGAAACCGACCCAACGAGUGAGCAGAUCUGGCAGUCCUGGUUUCCGAGCACCCGAGAUUCUCAUCAAAUCGCAUCGACAAGAUGGAAUGAUCGACGUCUGGGCAGCGGGGGUUUGCUUGCUUUCUACUCUUGCGCGUCGCUAUCCCUUUUUUCCGCGAGCGGAUGAUCUCGAUGCGCUCAUUCAAAUUGGAGCUGUCGUCGGCAGUGAAAAUUUGAAGAAAGCUUGCAAAGCGCUGAAGAAAAAGGGAGUGUUUAACUUUCAACGACUACCAGUAAAGUCCCAGUUAAAAGAUAUUGUAAAAGCACUCAGAAUCAAUUCUUGGGAGAUGAAAAAGGACGAAAACGGCGAGGCCACUUUCGACAAACAGCUCCCUGACGAUACCGACAAUGUUGACUAUGAAAAAGCCGUCGACCUUCUUAGCAAUCUGCUGGAAGCAAAUCCGCUAAAGAGAUUCUCCGCGGAAAAAGCGCUCCAGCACGAGUUUUUCAAGUAA